AUGAGUCACAAGAGAAGGGGCCUGGUAAUAUAUCAGGAUCAGAAGCAGCAACAACAACACCCCCCGGGGCAGUCCCUAAGCUCUAUAUCCUGGUCUCCAACCAGGCGACCUCAUCACCCUUUAAAACAACAAAGCACCAACAGUUUCUCAGAAAUACUAUCGAAAUCAAGUGUGCAACCGAACGUGCAACAUGACGGUAAUCAUAUGCCCAUUUCAUUGCUAGUUCUGAAACAAGAACAUCAUAAGCAGCAGCAGCAGCAGCAGCAGCGCCAGAAUAUCCGAUCACAAAACUCUACGCCUCCCCUGCGACAGUUGGUUCAGGAGUCGCAGUGGACGAGCUCCGCAAGUAAUAGUUCUCUAAAGAAACAGGAAAAGCAGCCGCAAACAUUCUACAACACUGACUCUAAACUUGUUUCUCAACUGCAUAGCUCCGUGAAGGACCUGGAUGCCAUAAUCCAGACGCAUAAACCAAAGUUUGACACAAUUAUUCGCGAUUUCUCUCAAGCAACCAUACUGUCCUCAAACGAGUUACUCAUCAAACUUCCGAAGGACCAAACAAUAAUAUUGCAUAGCAGAGCGCCAAAAAUUAACGCAGAAUGGCUACAGAACAAGGUUAAUGACCCUAGUGCCUCGUUAGUGAUCGAUUCAAGAUCUUUUCUAACCUUGUGUAACAAUAUAAAAUGGUACCUGCAUUGGAAAUUUAUAUGA